AUGCUUUUUGACGCCGAUUCAGAACCGAGUCUCAAGGCAUGGCUCACUAGAACACUCGAGCCAAUCUGCGACGCCGAUCCCGGCGCGCUUUCUGACUAUGUCCUCGCGCUGCUAAAGCACAAUCUCUCCGAGGCGGAGCUGAGAAGAGAGCUGAGCGCGCAGCUCGAGGAGUUCCUCGAAAAAGGCGCGUGCAUGCCACUUCGUGAUCGUGUUCCAAAGCUCACAAGCGGACUCGUAGAUGGCCCGCCGUUCAUCGACUCGCUCUUCAAGGCCCUCCAUACUAAGUCCUAUAUUCCAUACGCAGCCGCAGAGCCCCCGUCCAGUGACGUAGGCAUCCCCAUCCCUUUGGACGACUUCCUUACCUCGACGUCUUCGAGCUCGAUACCGACGUCACCGGGCGGAGGGCGGCGGAAACGCUCGUUGGAAGACGAUGGUCCACAUCCACCUGCAAAAGGGCCGCGGAUAAACAACGAAGGCCAGUUCUCCAGAUACGGGAAUGGGAGAGGCACGGGCGCCUGGGAUGGCGGGCGAGGGGGCUACCCAAACGGCGGAAUGGGCAUGGGAAAUGGGCGAGGGUCGUAUCGGCCUCAAGAUGGGAACAGGCCCAUGUGCAGAGACUACCACAUAAAGGGUUACUGCGCCCGUGGUGCGAUGUGCAAAUACAGUCACGGCGACGAAGCCAUCGUUCCACCGCCUAUGAUAGCGCCCACCUCCAUGCCCUACAUACCCAUGGGCACGAACGGCAGCUUCAAUGAUGGCUACGACCCGCAUAAUGCCCGUAUCGACAUGUCCGAGGCAGGCCGCCGCGGCCAGGUGAUGGGACCGGGCGCGUUUUACCGCACGCCCCGCGCGCCGAUAAUUCGGCGCGAACAAAACGAUGACGGGAGCGGCGCGGCCGUGUCAGGCGAGCUGCCGGUCAUACAAGACCUCACUCCGCAGGAUCAGGUGCUUGAAGCAGGGGAAGCUGGGCAUCAACAUCGAUCGAGACCCAUCCAACCGUAUAGUGCACCGCACGGGCGUGUACCACCGGGACAUAUGAAUGGAGCGGCUCCUAUGGGACACAUGCCAGGGCAGAUACCGAUGGACGUCGACAUGUCCGUCGCAGCGGGGAUGCCCCAUAUGAUGGGACCUAUGUUCCCUGGCCCAAUUCCAUUCCGCAGCGCCAUGCGGCAGGGCACCUUUGCCGGCCCCGCUGCCUCGUUUUCCUCUGACCCGUCCGACACUAUACACCAAGAACCGCAUUCGGGCCAAGCUGGCGGCCGCCCCGAGCGCCGUCAGGAUAAGACACUCGUCGUCGAAAAGAUCCCGCAGGACAAGCUCUCGAUCGAGUCCGUCACGUCCUGGUUCAAGCGUUUCGGCACGGUCACAAACGUCGCGAUCGACGCGCGGGGCGGGAAGGCGCUUGUCAGUUUCAGCGAGCACGAGAGCGCAAGGGAGGCGUGGAAAGCGGAGGAAGCGGUUUUUGGGAAUCGGUUCGUGAAGGUGUUCUGGCACCGACCGAUGAAGGGGCACGGGGAGGCGGGCAACAAGGCGUUGGCCGCGAGCGCCCCGCUCGUUGCAAAUCUCAAUAAGCCUGCGCUCACCCCUUCAAACUCGGGAGAUGUCCCUAUGGGCGAUGCGACGACGAAAACUGCGGCGUCGACGCCAGUCAAGAAGGCGCCAGUAUCUGCGACCGCCUCUGCGCUGGCUGCGAAGCAGAAGUUGCUCGAGCAGCAGAUUGCGGAGCAGAAGCAACUCAUGCAAAGCAUCGAGAGCGCAAGCACUCCGCAGGAGAAGAAGGAGAUCAUGGCGCGGCUGCGGAAGCUGGCGGAGGAGAUGAAGACGGUAUCGUCCACACCCGCGUCCUCGACACCGAGCGCGAAAGAGAAGCUCGAGAAACCGAAGUUGGGCAAGGAGCUGGAGGGCGCUGCGUCUCCCUCUGCAUCCCAGGCGGAAACCUCGAAGGAAGGCGGAGGUGGAGAGACAACCGAGGAUUUGAAGGCCCAACUUGCUCGCCUGAAGGCCGAGGCUGCCUCUCUGGGCAUCUCCGAUACCGUCGACGUGUCGACCCCACCACCUUAUGGAUCGACGUCGUAUAGGCCCUACAGGGGACGUGGACGCGGCGCUGCGAGAGGCUAUUAUCGAGCAGCGUCAAGAGGGGGACCUCCGAGGAGCUUGAAGCUUGAUAACCGACCAAAGAAGCUGCUGGUGAAGGGCGUGAAGGAAGAGGGCGUGCAGGCGGUGAGGGACUGGUACGAGACCACUGGUCAAGUUGACAACGUCGAAACCCUGGACAGCGGAGAUUUGCUUGUCUCUUUCAGGAGCCGGAGCGCCGCUGAGCAAGGUCUCGCCAAAGGCAGCCAUAUCCCAACUGUCGGGGCUGUCCAAAUAUCAUGGCACGCGCCGCAGGCUCCCUCCGCCGCUAGCAGAGUCGCUUCAAGUAUGUCUACAUCCACAGUAGGCGAGGCAUCCCUGGAACACGUCGUACGAGAACCAUCACCGGAGCGGGAGCCUCAGCACGAGCUUGAAGAGGAGGCGAACAGAGGGUGGGGCGACGACGAUAACGAAGGGAUGGGCAUGUUCUAAAGCCAUGCUCGGCACUUGGUGACGAUACUGGCAUGUGUUCGAUCUUAUUGCAUUGUAAUACUCUGCGUCCUAGAUGAGGUCAAGAACAUAUUUUGGCGACGGACAAGGGAAAUAAUCAACCCUGUCCGGCAGCAU